UUUAACUUUUUCUCAAGUUGUUUGCAUGUUCAUAAUUUUAAACAAUAUAAUAUUUCUUCACAUAGCUUUUUCACUCUCUCUUGUCACACCACAAAAAAUAAUAUUACAUGCUACACUUCUUACAUCUUCUUAAAGUUCUCUUCAAGAAACAAAAAUGGGAGUCAAUGGUGAAAACAGUGGACUUGAUCGAGCACCACACACAACGCCAUCAUUCACACUAAGUCAACUCAAGAAAGUCAUUCCACCCCAUUGCUUCAACCGUUCUCUUCUCCAAUCCUUCUCUUAUCUCCUUCGAGACCUUUUUUUCGCCUCUUUGUUCUACUACGUAGCAACUUCUUACUACCACCUUUCCCCUCAGCCACUAUUAUACUUUGCUUGGCCACUUUAUUGGGUCUCCCAAGGCUGCAUUUUGUUCGGUUUAGGGCUCAUUGGUCAUGAGUGUGGUCACCAUGCCUUUAGUGACUACAAAUGGGUUGAUGACAUGGUUGGUUUCGUUAUCCACUCUGCUUUUCUUCUCCCAUACUUUUCGUUUAAGUAUAGUCACCGACGCCACCAUUCAAACACUGGCUCCAUUGACCGCGAUGAAGCCUUUGUUCCAAAGACGAAAUCUCAAAUGCCAUGGUUCUCUAAAUACUUGAACAAUCCACUAGGGAGAGUCCUAACACUUGGUUUCUUUUUAACCAUUGGUUGGCCUUUGUACUUAGCUUGCAAUAUAUUAGGUAGACCAUAUGACCGUUUCGCUUGUCAUUAUGAUCCUUACUCUCCAAUAUACUCAAAAAAUGAAAGGCUUCAAAUAUUGAUUUCAGAUAUUGGUGUUUUCAUCACCACAUUGGUGUUACACCAACUUGUCUUAGCCAAAGGAUUGAGUUGGGUUUUGUUCGUGCAUGGGAUACCAUUGCUAAUAGUAGGUGUCUUGCUAGUUUUGACCACUUAUUUACAACACACUCACCCUGCACUGCCACACUAUGACUCGUCCGAAUGGGAUUGGUUGAGAGGUGCUUUGUCAACCGUUGAUCGAGAUUUUGGAGUUCUCAAUAGUGUUUUUCAUAACGUUUCAAACACUCAUGUGUUGCACCAUUUAUUCCCCAAAAUACCACAUUACAAUGCAAUAGAAGCAACAAAAGCUGUGAAGCCAAUAUUAGGAGAGUACUAUCGUUUAGAUGAGACUUCAAUAAUUAAGGCUAUGUGGCGAGAGGCCAAAGAGUGUCUUUACGUUGAACAAGAUGAUGAAUCUUCGAAAAAAGGUGUUCUUUGGUACAAGAACAAACUUUGAUCAAAUCGGCAGUGGAAGAAUUGGUUCAAAUGUUGUGAUUGUGUGUAUAUUUUAAGUUAAGAAUAAGAUUCAUCCCAAUUUGUUUUAGUUGUUAUGAUUUGGUGUUUGAUUUAAUAAUGUGUCUCUUGGGCAUGUGAUGAGCCUUGUUUUAGUUUAAAUAUGUGUUAUAUGUGUUUUGGCAAAGUUGGGAUAUGUCAAUUAAAAAUUAAUACCACAUAAGAUUCUUAAUGGAAUCAUUAUAUUAAAUUAUAACA